CUUUGCCUUCUAAUCUUCAAAGUUCCUAACAAUCCUUCUAGCAAAUCUCUGAGCCGAUGGAUGUGAAAUAUCAGGGCGGGAAGAAUGAGUGGGAGAAGAAGGCCAAUGGCAAAGUCACCGCCGUUUUCAAGAUGGACUUCCAUUGCGAGGGCUGCGCCAAGAAAGUCAAGAAAGCCGCUCGCAGUCUCGGAGGUUUUGAAGAAGUGAAGCUAGAUUGUGCGGCAAACAAAUUGACGGUAACGGGGAAAGAGGACCCAACGGUGAUGAAGGAGAUGCUGGAGAAGAAGACGAAGAAGAUAGUGCAGCUCGUCUCUUCGCAGCCGAGGGAAGACGACUGUGGGGAUGAGAAGCCGGAGGAGAAGUCGGAGACGGAAGAAGAAUAUGAGAAGCCCAAAGAGAUCAGUAAGGUAGUUCUGAAGAUCAGACUGCACUGUGAGUACGGUUGCGUCAAUGAACUAAAGAAGAUCGUGGGGAAGUUCAAAGGAGUUGAGAAGGUGGAUGUAGCCGCCGGCAAGGAUCUGGUGACGGUGAAGGGCACCAUGGUCGUUAAGGAGCUGGCUGCCUACCUCAAAGAGAAGCUGAGGAGGAGCGUCGAGAUCGUUGAGCCCAAGAAUCACGAAGGCGGAGAUGAGAGAGCAAAUAUAUCCGAUGGCGAUGAGAAAAAGAAAGAUGGUCGUUUUUGCGUGACGGAAGUUGUGGCAUUACUAGUGUUGAUGCAGAAGAAGCGGUUGUUGUACUACUAACUGUUAAGUUUUAUAUUAAUGUAUGGAUGUUUGAGAUAAGAGGUUUUCUGGAGUUUAUGAAACCUUUGUUUGUGUUUGAAAAGAUCAAAGUUUUGAGAGAUGUUUUAUUAAAUAUGUUUUGAGUGACUGCGUAUGAAUAUAUAUGUUUUGAUUUUGAAUACGAAUAAUUCUAUUUACCGUCU